AUGGACACCAAUUAUGGAUAUGUUCCACGGAAGCCAGAGCAAACAACGACGUCUAGUAUUGAUUUUAUAUCCCAUGAGGGAGACCAAUCCGCUUCAACGUUAGCUGGGGGUCAACAGUACAAUGCGACGUACUCUGGUACCUCUGAAUGGAGCCAUCAGCCACUGCUACCACUUCCACCAGCUGUAGUCAAGUCUCAUCGAAGGCGGCUGUUUUGGUGGGCUGUCCGGUACGCUACAGUGUUCACAUUCAUCUUCGUUAUAUUGCUUAUUCCCAUCAUUUUACUCUCUUCCGAUGGCGACCUCGAUGAUGACGCACCAAUUGAAGCUAUUAUCGCCGCCCAGCGUGUCAACCUGGGUUUCUACAUAGCUCUAUGGCUGGAGAUUACGUGGGUUUUUGCAGCUUUCUUUGAUAUCAUCGGUCUUGCUCUACCAUAUAUCUUCCGGUUUAUUGCUAGAUACGUCAACUCUGCUCAUCAGCGGUACUGGCGCGUCUUUAAGUUUAUGCGCAGACCUAUUUGCUUCCUUGGCACAACAAUUGCUGCCUUUAUCUUCUUCAGCGCAGCUAUCCAAGACAAUCCCUUAUUACUUAUUGACACGGAUCCUGAUGCUUGGUCGGAUUGGAAUAAUGUUAUUAGUGAUGUUCUUCAACAACUUACACUUUGGAUGGCUUUCUACCUCAUCGAAAAGCUGGCUAUUUCAUAUAUUGCGAUCCACUACCAUUAUCGACGCACUAGCACAACUCUAGAACGGACCAAAGACAUCCAACAAUCGCUUAUUAUUCUAUAUGAAGCUUCAGUGUACCUCCAUAAAGUCGGCGACCACACUUUUGCAGAAGAAGAUGCCAUCAUACGGAAUGCAAAAGGUGAUAUGAAGCCCUCAGGUCGCAUGCGCUUAUCGAGCUAUCUUGCCCGUCUUGGUCUUGAUGGGUAUAAGUUCGUAUCGCUUUUUGGCGACCUGACCUCGGACGACUCAGAUUCUCACUGGCUGCGUCCUGGCUCAUCUUACGCAACGGUAGAACGCGCUUGGGCUAAUCCUACGGCAGCAGCGGCACUGGCGAGGCGCAUUUGGCUGUCCCUUGUCCCAAGAGGUAAAUAUGGCUUAGCAGAGAACGAUGUUGUCGACGUGCUAGGGCCGAGCCGCGUGACAGAGGCAAAAUCUCUGUUCAAGGCAAUUGAUGCAAACGAUAGCGGCUAUAUUCCACUAGAUGAUUUUGUGGGAAUGGUAUCUGAGGCUGGUCAAAAGAAGCACAACAUAUUCAAGACGAUUGCCGAUAUGGAUCACUGCAUCAAUACGCUAGACUGGCUCUUUCUACUUAUCAUCGCAGUUGUCAUGAUCUUCUUUAUCAUGCUUCUAUACGUUCCCGCGAUCAAAGAAAUCCAAAGCGUGCUGUCUUCUCUCGCCAUUGGCCUCUCGUUUGCCAUUGGACGUACCAUAAAUCACCUAUUGACAGGCAUAAUUUUUAUAUUUUUUGAUCAUCCUUUCGACUCGGGUGAUGUUGUGAAGCUCUGCACGCCCAAUCUGAAAGACGGGAUAGUCUGCACUGUCAAGCGCCAGUCUCUGACCUAUACAGUUUUCCGUCGGUUCGACAGCAACUCAGACCUCCAAAUAUCUAAUGAAGAACUAUUUAGAAAAUCCAUUGAAAACUUCACAAGAUCGGAAAUUAAUAAACAGAGCAUCACCAUGUUUCUCGAUUUUCGCACCAGCUUCAAAGACCUUAAUAAGCUACAAGCCAUGCUCGAAACCUUUGUCAGCGACAAUAGCCGCGAUUAUGUACCUGGCAGCCUGGCAUUCAACGUCACAUCUCUCCACGAAUUAAAUAAGAUGGAAGUACGGAUCGUAUUUACCCAUCGCAAUAACUGGUCCAAUGAGAAGCUGCGAUCAAUGCGAAGCAAUAAAUUCCAUUGCAAUCUAAUAGCAGCAUGUCGCCAGAUUCCUCUAUUUAAGCCUGGCGCACUGCUCCCUGCGCCAGGUGAAAAUGGAAAUCCUUUAUACACUGCACAACUUAGCGUCUCCGAUGUAACAGAGAACAUUCAGAAAGAAAUACGACGACGACAAGGGUUAAGAUGGGACAACGAAGUAAAAGAGGAUAUCGGAGCACAGAGUGAAGGCACGAGUGAAGAGGAAGCCGCAAAGAUCGAAGCUGCAAGGAAACAAGCGGAAAUUGCAAAUGAGGCGAAGAAGAUAGAGAAGGAGGCUUUCCAAAAGGUCUCGAGAUCUGUACCAGUGACGCAACCAGUUGCUCUUAGCACCGCAGUAAACGUACUGAGAGAGACAUCUGGACUGCGAUUAGCAAUGAGGCACACUGAAGAGGCUUAA